AGGGGUCUUGAGGGGUCUGUGAUAUUUAGGAGUACAGUGAAAGCUUGUGUUUCUGCAGCUGCGCUCCUCCCACCACCUCCCGCUCGCUCUGCGCACUUUUACUGACGGUUUGCGGGUUUCUCACCGAUUGUUUGCCUUCUGGUUUAAUAUUAGGCUCGGUUUUUUUUGGAUCCCUGCGCUCGUGUGUUAAAGAGGGAGUUUCUCUGUCUCGCGCGCGUCUUUCUGAAUUUAUUGCGUAAUCGUUGCGCAACAGUUGCGCUCUGAUCAGCCGCUGUUUGGUGGCACGUGACCAAAAAGCAGGACCAUUAAAGGGUAAAUAAAUAAAUAAAAAAAAAUCACGGUGGAUUGAGAUCUGACAGCUGGAUCGAUCCCUCCAGGAAUGCGGGAGGGGUCUGCGGGUUCGGGAGCCCAGCUGAGCGCCGCCCCGAACUUUUCUCACAGUUUGUUCCGAGCGGCAGAACCACGUCCUGUGGACCACGGUCCGUGCGAGAUCCAAACUAAAAUGUUCCUGUUCUCAGCUGCAGCCGGGCUGCUGGUCCUGCUGGGCUUCUACAUCUGGACUUUCUGUCCGCACCUCUGGGCAGACUGCUCCUACAUGUGGAGGAGCCUCAGGCUGGGCUUCAGGCUGAAGGGGUACAAGAAGUCCAAACCCUUCUACAGCAUCCUGGACCAGUUCUUGGACUCUGCGAGGAGGCGUCCGGACAAGGUCCUGAUCCACUUCGAGGGUCGAGAGUAUUCGUACGCGGAGGUGGACCGACGGAGCAACCAGGUGGCCCGGGCCCUGCAGGCUGAAGCCCGGCUGAAGGAGAGCGACACCGUGGCCCUGUUCCUGCCCAACGAGCCCUCCUACGUCUGGACCUGGCUCGGUUUGGCCAAACUGGGCUGCCGGGCUGCCCUGCUCAACUUUAACAUCAGGUCCAAAUCUCUGCUGCACUGUUUCUCCUGCUGCGGCUCCAAAGUCAUCCUCACCUCCCCAGAGCUGCUGGCUGCUGUGGAGGAGGUGCUGCCGACGCUCAGGGAUCAGGGGAUCAGCGUCUUCCUUCUGUCUGACAGCUGCAGCGUGCCGGGGAUCACCCCCCUGUCUGACAAGAUCUCCAAGGCCUCGGAUGAGCCGCUGUCCCCAGAGCUGCGGGCCAAUGUCCACAUCAGAAGCAUCGCCCUCUACAUCUAUACGUCCGGAACCACAGGUUUGCCUAAAGCGGCCGUUAUCACGCAGGAGAAAAUGUGGGCCGCCUCCUUUGUGCAGGCGGCGUGUGGCGUUACGACGAAGGACACCUUCUACAUCAACCUGCCGCUCUACCACAGCGCCGGCUUCCUCAUCGGGAUGAUCGGAUCCAUCGAGAGAGGUAUCUCCUUCGUCCUGAAGAGGAAGUUUUCAGCCUCUCAGUUCUGGGACGAUUGCAGGAAGUACGACGUGACGGUGAUGCAGUACAUCGGCGAGACAAUGCGUUACCUCUGCAACUCUCCCAGGAAAAUAAACGAGAAGAAUCACAAAGUGAGAAUCGCCAUCGGCAACGGGGUCCGGACGGACGUCUGGACCGAGUUUCUGAAUCGGUUCGGGGACAUCAAAGUCAGGGAGCUGUACGCCGCCACCGAGGGAAACAUCGGCUUCAUCAACUACACGUCUAAGAUCGGAGCGGUGGGACGGGUGAACUUUGUCCACAAGUUCUUCUUCCCCCACAUGCUGAUCAAGUUUGACAUCGAGAAGGAGGAGCCUGUCAGAAACUCAGAGGGUCUGUGCAUCGAAGCAGCCACAGGCGAAACGGGACUUUUGGUCGGAAAGAUAACUUGGAGGAGUCCGUUUGUCGGGUACGCCGGCAACACGGUGCAAACGGAGAAGAAGCGCCUCCGAGACGUCGCGGAGAAAGGCGACCUGUACUUCAACACCGGCGACCUGCUGCGGUUCGACCACGACAACUUUGUGUAUUUCCAGGAUCGAGUGGGGGACACGUUCAGAUGGAAAGGGGAGAACGUGGCCACGUCGGAGGUAGCGGACGUUCUCACUACGGCUCGCUGCGUCUUAGAAGCAAACGUUUACGGCGUUAAAGUAGAAGGUCACGAGGGGCGGAUCGGGAUGGCAGCCGUCACGUUACGAGACGGAGAAGACCUGGAUCGAGCAGACGUCUACAAGCAGGUCGUCAACUACCUCCCAACGUACGCAAGACCCAGAUUUAUACGGAUCCAGCCCUGCCUGGAGAUGACGGGAACGUUCAAGAUGAAGAAAGUGAAGCUGGUGGAGGAGGGGUUCAACCCGGCGCUCAUCCAGGACCCCCUUUACUUCCUGGACUCAGAGAAGAAGACUUACGUCCCUCUGACGGACGAGAUCUACAGAGCCAUCAUUUCAAAGGAACUCAAACUUUAACAGAAUCGAAGACAUAAACAGCCGUGGACUCCCGUCUACUAAUCUCAGGGACAGACUUUGACAUCACAACCUCCUCAAAAAGACUGUUUUUUUUAAUUAACAACUAUUUUGCACCUUUUACAGUUUUGAAGCUCCCUAAAGUAGACAUUUGUUGUUGUCUUUUAGAUCCUUCUUAAUACAAACGUAUCUUAUCUGACUCUGAAGGCGGGAAAUCUUUAACAUGUGAGAUUAACUGGAUUUAUUCUUAUUUAAGCUGGAUUACUCCAGAAACUUGUCUUUAAAUUUUUUUUCCCUUAAA